UGCUGCAAAAGUUGCAAUAACAGUGAGUGGGUAACAGCCAGGAUAUGUCUGUCUCUAUAAAACAAGCAGAACAAAUUUCCAUGAAUCAAAGCCACUAAGUAUAGUUUUCAGAGAUGAAUCUGAAGGUUUGAAUGGGUCAAUGAGUAUUCUCAUCAUUGAGGCAUUCUAUGGAGGAUCCCAUAAACAGCUGGCGGAUCUGCUCCAAGAAGAGUUAGAAGAUUGUGUCCUUUACACCCUUCCUGCAAAGAAAUGGCACUGGAGAGCACGGACUUCAGCUUUAUACUUCUCUCAGAACAUUCCCACCAGUAAGCAUUACAGGAUUCUCUUUGCAAGCUCAGUGCUUAACCUGACCGAACUGGCUGCCCUUCGGCCUGACCUUGGGAAACUGAAAAAGAUUCUGUACUUCCAUGAGAACCAAUUGGUAUAUCCUGUCAAGAAAUGUCAGGAGAGGGAUUUCCAAUAUGGAUACAACCAAAUUCUUUCAUGCCUGGUGGCUGAUGUGGUGGUAUUCAACUCGGUUUUUAAUAUGGAGUCAUUUCUCACUUCUAUUGGAAAAUUUAUAAAGCUGAUUCCUGAUCACAGGCCUGAGGAUCUGGAAAGCAUCAUCAGACCCAAGUGCCAAGUUAUUUACUUUCCCAUCAGGUUUCCUGAUGUGAGCAGAUUCAUGCCCAAGCACAAAACAACCCAUUUAAUGAAGAUGCUCAGUCUUAAAGGAAAUAGCAGUGCCACUUUGUCCACGGCCCUUCCUUUCCAACCAAAGCAGAGAGAUUCUGAGAAUUUAUUGAAGAGUUUUAAUUCUGAAUAUGGUGCACACUCUGGCCUUGAUACCGUGCAACAGGAAAACUGGAGAAACUCAUCAGCGCAGGAGUCAGAAUUGAAAAAGUCCAACUCAUCAGAUAAUUCAAGCUCUCUCCGUGGGGAAAAUAAACAAAAUGUGACUCUUAAUCCCUGUGACAUUUUGAGUGGAGUUGAUGAUCAGCAAAGACCAUUGCACAUUGUGUGGCCUCACAGGUGGGAACAUGAUAAAGAUCCAGAAAGUUUUUUUAAAGUAUUAAUGCAUCUUAAGGACUUAGGACUCAAUUUCCACGUCUCUGUCCUUGGAGAAACCUUCACAGAUGUCCCAGAUAUAUUUUCAGAGGCCAAAAAAGCAUUGGGAUCUUCUGUCUUACACUGGGGCUACUUACCCAGCAAAGAUGACUAUUUCCAAGUACUGUGCAUGGCUGAUGUCGUCAUUUCCACAGCUAAGCAUGAAUUCUUUGGUGUGGCAAUGUUGGAAGCUGUGUACUGUGGUUGUUACCCAGUUUGUCCCAAAGAUCUGGUUUAUCCUGAGAUAUUUCCAGCUGAAUAUCUGUAUUCUACACCUGAACAGCUUUCAAAAAGGCUCCAGAAUUUCUGCAAGAGACCAGAUAUUAUAAGAAAACAUCUCUAUAAGGGUGAAAUGGCUCCGUUUUCUUGGGCAGCGCUACAUGGUAAAUUCAGGUCUCUGCUUACAACAGAACCUAGGGAAGAUUUGUGACAGAUGGGUCUAAGUCACAAACUUGCAGCCUAAGGCAGAAUCUGAAGAACUUUCCAGAGUGUGCCCAUAUUUACCUGAUCAGAGAGAAAAGAAAAUCUGCAGAGGAAGCUGAGCCUGGCUGCUUGUCAUAGCUGACACAGAGCCAUCUGCCACAAACCUGUGGCGGCUUCAGAUCUCCAAUCCCUGCCACCACCCCAACUCAAAUUAAAUACAGAUUCCUAGAGACGUUAUGAUGGUUACACAUGUCCUCGGCAUCACAUGUAGGAGACUGUUCAAAAAAAAUAUGUGGCCUGUUGUAUAACCGCACUCAUGUAUCCCAUAUGUGGUGCCACAUUGAAUUUCCGGUUGAAUCCGUUUUUAUCCUUUGUACUGGAUGACAUGGUGCCUGAAUUCUUUCUUUUCGCCGACACGAUGGCAGCCAAACUGCAGCUUCAAACGCUCACACUUGGCUGGGUUUCUACCUAGGUUGCCAGGUUAUCAUCGGACCCUUCUUGUGUCCUCAAAGGGCCACAGGGCCUGAAAGGAGCAGCAGAGUGCUACCGGACUAAUUGGGCAGCCAUCUCAGAACUGUUUGUGGGCAAAGGGCUGCUUUUGCCCUUUUUUGUUAGCAAAUUAAUGAGUCUCUGGCACAGGGGUUUUAAGUAAGGUGUUAGUAAGGGGGUCUGGCAGGUAUUCCCAUGAUUCACAAAGUUGCAUUUGCAUUUAAUUAAUCUUAAAGAAAGUUGCAAGAUAAACAGCUGUAAUUUGGACAAACAUGACAAAUACAGUAAGUGGGGCCAUCUCACUCAUAAAAUGAACACUGAGAUACUUGUUUUAAUUUUUUUCCGGGGGUAAAAAAUAGAGAAGUCAAAAUACUUCUAACAAAACUCAUAAUUUUGAAAUAGUAUUCCUCAAAAAUAUUUGCACCCACCUACAAAAAUGUAUCUCUUCAAGAUAAAUCACUUAUGAUUCCAAUAGUCAAGCUGCUGUAUUUGUCAUUGUAAAGAUGUUUUGAACAGCUAGAUUGUAAAAUAAAUUUUUAAUAAAGUGGCCGCUGCAGUUUUUAAUUAGCAUAUUCA